AUGAUUUAUGUAGGCGAUCACUUCCACGCAGAGUUCUGCACUGUUGCACCAAGUCCAAUAAGGUGUGCGCUAGGACCCGAGUUUUAUGUCCUGUUGUUUUCAGAUCUUUCAGCAGUUUAUAAUGGGCGUGUACAUCAGGUGUGCUUUGUUGUUCCUACGCACUAUCCAUCGUUUGUUAGUACAAUGAUGGAUUCGAAGCCAAUGGCAUUGAAAGAAAGCGUGGAACUCUUGUUCAAUUUCAGAUCUGAUAAGGACAAGCAGAUUCUUGCUAAGUAUGUUGAGAAUAUCCAAGAUACAUACUCACUUCACAUCAAUGGCUUUGAUCCAAUGCCAAAGAAAAUAUUGAAGAAGUUGAAAGCGCAGCAGAAUUGA